ACUAACUCAAACAAAGCAACUAUUUUGUGUUCACAUUCACGUAGUACCGAAAAAAUAACAACCACGAUGAGUCUCGCCGGCGCCGGAACUUCAACUCCAACAUCCUUCGACCGUUUACUGGAACUGAAAGCCUUCGAAGAAACCAAAGGCGGUGUUAAGGGUCUCAUCGACGCCGGCAUCACCAAAAUCCCUCGUAUUUUUGUCAUGCCGCCGGAAGACAUCGCUGUCUCCGGCGUUCGGAGCCAUACCCAGUUCGAGAUUCCCGUCAUUGACCUCAAAGAUGUCGCCGGCGAUCGCUCCGGCGUGAUCAACGGAAUCCGGCAGGCAGCGGAGAAUGUGGGCUUUUUCCAGGUGGUGAAUCACGGCAUGCCCGCGAAGCUAUUGGAGGACAUGCUGGCGGCGGCGCGUGAAUUCCACGAGCUUCCACAAGAGGUGAAGGGUGAGUACUACACCAGGGAGAAGCAGAAAAAGGUGAAAUAUUGGACCAACUUUGAUUUGUAUCAGUCUAAGCAUGCAAACUGGAGGGACACUCUGAAUUGCACUAUGGCACCUGAACCUCUUGAUCCUCAAGAAUUGCCUCCUGUUGUUAGGGAUGUAAUAAUGAAAUUCUCAAGGCAAGGUCAAGUAUUUGGUAGCCUUUUGUUUGAGUUGCUAUCAGAAGCACUUGGGCUCAUGCCUAACCAUCUUGAAGAGAUGGAUUGUGCAAAGGGACACUUAAUUUUGUCUCACUAUUAUCCAUCAUGCCCUGAGCCUGAACUCACUAUGGGUCUCAGUAGCCACACAGAUCCUGAUUUCCUCACGGUUUUGCUUCAAGACCAUAUUGGUGGACUUCAAGUUUUGAUCCAGAAUCAAUGGAUUGAUGUGCCCCCAAUUCCUGGAGCACUUGUUGUAAACAUUGGAGAUCUACUGCAGCUUCUUUCCAAUGACAGAUUCAAAAGUGUGGAGCACCGUGUGAAGGUAAACCAGAGAGAGGCCAGGGUAGCAAUUGCAUUCUUUUUCACUCAUGAUCACUGUCCAUCAACAAGAAUGUAUGGCCCCAUCAAGCAAUUACUCUCAGAGGAUAAUCCCCCAGUAUACAGGGAAACAACAUUGCAGGACUUUAAUCAUCACUUUUAUAAGAAGGGACUCGAUGGAAUUCCUGCUCUUUCCCAUUUCAAGUUAUUUAGAUAAAUACCAAAUAUGAAAAAACUUUCAUGCAGUACUACAUGUUUAAUAAAGUUUCACCUCAUUUUAAGCUUUGUAUUGAAGUUUUAUCCUGUGGUGGAUGAUAGUCUGAUUGAAGAUCAUCUGCAGUUGGUUUGAGUGUCUUCUACUUAGUAAUUGGAAUAAAAUGUAAUCAUCAUGCAGUUA